AUGCGUCUAACCUCCGAACUGGUGCAGCAGUCUACGGCGGUGCUGAUAUGCGUGGGGGACCAGACGCUGGUGCUACAGAACCUGUCGAUCCCUGCGAUCGAGAACCUAGAGAGCGCGCGCGACGGGUUCGACACGCUGGACCUAUCCAACAACGUGAUCACGACGGUGGAGGACACGUUCCCGCCGUUCCCCCGUGUAACGACGAUGCACCUGGGCGGGAACCGGAUCGCGCGGAUCACUGGCCGGCUCGCGCAGUCGCUGCCAAACCUGCGCACGCUGGUGCUGACGGGGAACCGGAUCGCGACGGUGGCCGACCUCAACCUAGUUGAGCUGCGGCGGCUCCGGCGGCUGUGA